AUGGCCGACGUCGAGACCGAGCAGCGGCGCGAGGAGGACGAGCGCCUCGAUACUGCGCCCGAGAACCCGGACGACGAGGAAGAAAUCUCCGCCAUGAAACGCCGUGUGCAAGAAAUGGAAGAAGAAGCGCAGAAGCUCCGCCAGAUGCAGCAAACGCUCGAUAACGAACGCCACGACCUGCGCGAAAACAGGGAGGACGUAGAUGCGCGGAGUAUCUUUGUCGGGAACGUCGACUACGGCGCAUCCCCGGAGGAGAUACAGUCACACUUCCAGUCUGUCGGCAGCAUAAAUCGCGUUACCAUACUGCUGGACAAGUUCACAGGACAUCCUAAAGGUCAUCGCGGCGUGAGUCGCAAGUGGCACUGCACUGGUGGAAGAAGUUGGUGCGACGCUUGCGCUCAGACCCGUCAUCUGAAUUACUGGAUUUUUCUCGCUACCUGGCAAGAGUUUGGUAGAAAGAUCGGCACGCUAAUGGGCGUAUGCAGGUAUGCGUAUGUGGAGUUCACUGAACCUAGCCUGGUCGGUCAAGCGCUCGUGCUGAAUGACAGCGUCUUCCGGGGCAGGAACUUGAAGGUCGUUCCCAAGCGAACCAACCUCCCCGGUAUGACACGAGGCCGAGGGCGCGGAGGGCGCGGCGGCGGUGGCGGCUACGGCGGUCGUGGAUCCCCGUACGGUCGCGGUGGUGGUUAUGGCCCUCCACGAGGGGGUGGCUACCGCGGCGGUUAUCGUCCUCGCGCCUCUGGCUAUCGCCCGUACUAGUCACAUACUAGGUGGCUCGAUCAUCGUCACAAGACUUCGGUCAUUUGCGUAGCACAGUUGCAUUGGCGAAGAGGAGGAACAAGGAUGGUGGGGCUGCAUUCCGAAUUGGACCUUGCUCUGGGCAUGUACUAUAGCAGAACGGUGUGAGGGCUUCACGGAUAGCUGCUGGGCUUAAGGCGGCGGUUUUUCUUGCGUCGGCUUUGGCUAUUCGGACAUUUCGGAGCACUGCUGGUUUCUACUUUCUAUGGGACUGCGACUGUAGACCCCAAUAUGGGGUUUGCUAGAUGGUUUACCCUUCUUGUCAGGGUCAUUAUUACCGAUAUCACUCAGGCACGGGAAGAAUUACACCUUUUGAAAAGCUCGG